AUGUCUCUGUCCCCACCCUCAACUGGUAACUUUGAAAGUCGUGAAGCACUCAUUAAUCAUGUUCAAACCCAUGCCUUGAGCCAUGGAUAUGCUUGUGAUAGAGGCGGUCAUUACAUUAAUCGAUUGAAUCUUACUGAUGAAACUCGCCAAAGAGCCACAAGCACAAGGCUAAUAGAUUCAUCACAAAAGAUCUCAGGCCAUCUAUCAAGUCGCCGAUUAAAUGAAGAAGACCAGCAAAGAGUUAGAGAAAUGUCUACGGCAGGUAAAUUGGCAAUCUUAAAAACUAUCUAUAAUGCUAGGGAUAAAAUUUGCCGUGAUAAUCUUCAGGGUCAUACACCAAUUCAGGCUCUUCUUGAUAAGCUUGUAGAAGGAAACUUUGAACAUGACUAUCAAUAUGAUCAAAAUGACAAUUUAACACAUCUUUUUUUUGCACAUUCUAAAUCAAUCGCACUUACCAAAACAUAUAACUCUGUUCUUUUAAUGGAUUGUACAUAUAAGACCAACAAGUUUAAGAUGCCAUUGCUUCACAUUGUUGGUAUGACAAGUUUUAACACCACAUUCUCCUCCUGCUUUGCAUUGUUAAAAUUAGAACAAGAAGACGACUAUGUGUGGGCCCUUAAUCGUGUUGCUCACAUUUUCGGAAACGUUCCAAAGCCUAAAGUUAUUGUAACAGAUCAUGAAUUAGCCUUAAUGCAUGCUGUACACACUGUGUUUCCUGAAUCUCAAAAUGUUUUAUGUGUUUGGCACAUUGAAAAAAAUGUGCUAACUAGCU